AGAUUCUUUAUGGCAGGAGAGUUCCGGCCCUGCUAACCCACGGGAAACACCACUCUGAAAACAGGCUGGCCCCCAACUCUGGGCAUCAGGAGAUCCCCUGCAGCUACCUGCCACUAAUCUUCCAGUAGACGUCUAGAGUUUAGCUAGAAGUCUUGGCUACGAUACAAACAGUGAUGGAAAACACAUGAGCAGUAACAAGUUUUAAUCUGGCCCCUCAGUCCUACCCUGGGCUAAUCUGUGGAGGCAGCUUAUUCCAGUGUCAGCCAGGGUGCAGCCACACCACACUCGGCAGCGGCGUGCAGCUCACUUACCUUCUCACCUCUCCUUCAGCGGCACCUGGAGCAGCAAGACACAACAGAGAAGGAGUACAUGCUGGGAGCUUUGACCCUCAGGACUGACUCCCUCCCGACCAGUCCUAGGUUGGCCUCCUACACGAGACAACAUGAAGGAGUGUGUGCUCCUAGCGCUCUUGGCUUUAUGCUCUGCCAAGCCCUUAUUUCGUCCUUCGUAUGUGACGCUAAAGAACAUGAUGCUGAAGGACAUGGAAGAUGAAGUGGAUGGUGACCCUGAUGAUGACAACUCUCUUUUUCCAACAAGAGAGCCAAUUAACCCCUUUUUCCCUUUUGAUCUGUUUCCAACAUGUCCAUUUGGAUGCCAAUGCUACUCGAGAGUUGUACACUGCUCCGAUCUAGGUUUGUCCUCCGUCCCAAGCAACAUUCCAUUCGAUACUCAAAUGGUUGACCUUCAAAACAAUAAAAUUAAGGAAAUCAAAGAAAAUGAUUUUAAAGGACUCACUUCACUUUAUGCUUUGAUUCUGAACAACAAUAAGCUAACAAAGAUUCACCCAAAAGCUUUUCUAACCACAAAGAAGUUGAGAAGGCUCUAUCUGUCCCACAAUCAACUAAGUGAAAUACCAUUUAACCUUCCCAAGUCACUAGCAGAACUCAGAAUUCAUGAUAACAAAGUUAAGAAAAUACAAAAGGAGACAUUCAAAGGAAUGAAUACUCUACAUGUUCUAGAAAUGAGUGCAAACCCUCUCGAUAAUAAUGGGAUUGAACCAGGGGCAUUUGAAGGAGUGACAGUGUUCCAUAUCAGAAUUGCAGAAGCAAAACUGACCUCAGUUCCUAAAGAUCUACCAUCAACUUUACUGGAGCUUCAUUUAGACUAUAAUAAAAUUUCAACUGUGGAACUCGAGGAUUUUAAACGAUACAAAGACCUGCAAAGGCUGGGCCUAGGAAACAACAGAAUCACAGACAUCGAAAAUGGAAGUCUUGCUAACAUACCACGAGUAAGAGAAAUACAUUUGGAAAACAACAAACUAAAAAAAAUCCCUCCAGGAUUACAGGAGUUGAAAUACCUCCAGAUAAUCUUCCUUCACUCUAAUUCAAUCACGAAAGUGGGAGUGAAUGACUUCUGCCCAACAGUACCGAAGAUGAAGAAAUCUUUAUACAGUGCGAUAAGUUUAUCCAACAACCCGGUGAGGUACUGGGAAAUGCAGCCUGCAGCUUUCCGCUGUGUUGUGAGCAGAAUGAGCGUUCAGCUCGGGAACUUAAGAAAGUAGUUAUUAGUAUUAUCCAUUUAAUAUAAAAUGAAAAAAUUGUUACAUUUGGAAUACUUGAACUCUAUUAAAAAUGGUGGUAUUAUGCAAACAAGCAAAAGCUAUUCCUAAGUGGUAAGUCCACCGACUUACUCUAUGACAAAAAAUUUCAACAGAAUUUUGCAAAACUAUUGCUACAUCAGGAUUAAGAGAAACAUGCAUCUACUGCAGUUUCCUUUUGUAUACAAAUGGAUUUUACAUAAAUCUUAUGCUUGAACAUUCUUUUCUCAGUAACAAAAAAAACCACAUUCAGUAUUUAACACUUUGUUAUCAAGUACAUUUUAAAAAGAACUGUACUGUAAUUGGAAUGCUUGACUUAGCAAAAUUUGUGCUCUUUCAUUUGCUGUUAGCAAACCAAAACUGACAAGAAUGGUUACAUGAAGAGAACAUUAUACUAUAUUCUUAUUCUUUCUUUAAUAACUCGGGUAGUACUGUAAUGUUUCUGUUAAUGUUGAAGAAUGAUUUCAUAUAAUCUUAUUCAAAUUCUCCUAUCUUAGAGCUUUACUGUCUUUAUGUUUAACUCCUUAUAAUAAGGCCUUCCGUGUUUAUUAUCAAUUUGACAGAUGCUAUUCAUAACACCUGGUUUCAGACUAUAGCACAUGCUUUCUUAAUUUAAUUAUUACCUGAUUAUAAAACCUCUAUAAAAAUAUAUAGUGACUGUUUAUAUAAAAUCUGUAAUUCACGUUAUUAUCUCAGUUAUUAUAAGCUUUCAGUAGUACAUCAAUUGUUAGGUCAUACGACAACAUCACCUCAAAGCUAAGGAGUACUUUCAAGAUGUCCCUUGUAAGACCUUGGCUGGAAGAGCCUGGAAACUAUCCAUUCUACACAAACUGUUUACUCAACUAUGACAAACUAAACAACUCUGAAAAUACAGCUGGUAUAACUGAAGAGGCAGAGUCCUAAACAAAACACACAGAAACAAAAGGUCUGUACAAAAACUAAGCGUACCCUAUGUAUUUUUUAUUUACAUUCAACAUAGGCAAAGCUAGAAAAUUCAAAAAAAAAACAACAUUAAAAUAUUGGCUUGAAAUAAAA